AGUUUGCGGCCGGUCCGCCCGGCGUCAGGCGUCGGGGCAGGUGCGGGCGCGUAGGACUGCACUUCCCGGCGUUCCCCGCGCCUGCGCGGUGAGCGAGAGGACGACGGCGGGGGCGUCCGGCUGGUUUGAGAGGCUGAGGGGAGGAUGGCGGCGGCGCCCGCCGAGGACGAGGCGACCGAAGGGGAGCAGGGGCGGCAGCAGCAGCAGCGGCGGCGGCGGCGGCGGCGGCCGUAGGAGCGGCGGCGCGCCUGCCGGGCCCGCGCACGAUGUUCGGGCGGUCGCGCAGCUGGGGCGGCGGCGGCGGGAAGGCCUCGCGCAACAUCCACUCGCUCGAGCACCUCAAGUAUAUGUAUCAUGUUUUGACCAAAAAUACCACUGUGACUGACCACAACCGCAACCUUUUGGUGGAAACCAUUCGAUCGAUAACCGAGAUCCUGAUAUGGGGAGAUCAAAAUGACAGUUCAGUGUUUGACUUUUUCUUGGAGAAAAACAUGUUUGUGUUCUUUCUGAACAUUCUGCGCCAGAAGUCGGGCCGUUACGUAUGUGUGCAGCUUCUCCAGACUUUAAAUAUCCUCUUUGAGAACAUCAGUCACGAAACAUCCCUUUACUAUUUACUGUCCAACAACUACGUGAACUCUAUAAUAGUGCACAAAUUUGACUUCUCAGAUGAAGAAAUCAUGGCAUACUAUAUUUCAUUCUUAAAAACACUUUCCCUGAAACUCAAUAAUCACACCGUUCACUUUUUUUACAACGAGCAUACCAAUGAUUUUGCCCUGUACACUGAGGCCAUCAAAUUCUUCAACCACCCAGAGAGCAUGGUCAGGAUCGCAGUGAGAACCAUCACAUUAAACGUCUACAAAGUGUCAUUGGACAACCAGGCGAUGUUGCACUAUAUUCGAGACAAGACAGCCGUCCCUUACUUCUCCAACCUCGUCUGGUUCAUCGGGAGCCACGUGAUAGAGCUGGACAACUGCGUUCAGACAGACGAGGAGCACAGAAAUCGGGGCAAACUGAGUGACCUUGUAGCCGAGCAUCUGGAUCACCUCCAUUACCUGAACGACAUCCUAAUUAUCAAUUGUGAAUUCUUAAAUGAUGUCUUGACAGACCACUUGCUCAACAGCCUCUUCCUGCCUCUCUACGUGUACUCCUUAGUCAAUCAGGAUAAGACUGGAGAACGGCCAAGAAUAAGUUUCCAGGUUUCUCUGUAUCUAUUGUCACAAGUUUUCCUAAUCAUCCAUCAUGCCCCCCUGGUGAAUUCGUUGGCCGAAGUCAUUUUGAACGGAGACCUCGCAGUGUUUUUCUCAAAGGUGGAGCAAGAUGUCCAGAAAAGCUCUGUCAAGACCGGCAUCAGGUGCUUCAUUAAACCUUCCGAGACCUUGGAGCGCUCGCUAGAAAUUAAUAAACAGAAGGGACGAAAGAGGCUGCAGAAGAGGCCCAAUUAUAAAAACGUUGGGGAGGAUGAGGAGGAAGAGAGGGGCCCGGAAGACACCCCAGAAGGCACCGAGAGUCCCUCCAAGGGCCUCAGGCCCAGUGGGGAGAGUGAAGAAAUUGAGAUGGUGAUCAUGGAGCGUUGCAAGCUCAUUUCUGCCACAGAGCAAAACAUAACCGACGAGGAGAAGAGCGCCGCUGCUUCUGAAAUGUCCAGCUGGAACAGGCCCUUUCUGGAGAUGGUGUAUAAUGCCCUGGAGUGUGCUGAGUUUGACUACUAUGCUCUUUUUGUGUUGUGUCUUCUGUACGCCAUGUCUCAUAACAAAGGAAUCAAGCCGAUCACCCUGGAGAGGAUUCAGCUCUCGGCACGGGAUGCCGAGGAGAAGAACUCAUACAACCCUGGGCUUGCGGAGAGGCUCAUCAGGAUCAUGAGCUACGCUGCUCAGCCAGAUGGCAAAAUCCGCCUGGCCACCUUGGAGCUCGGCUGCCUCCUGUUGAAGCAGCUAGUCUUCACCAAACACGGCAGCAUCAUCAAAGACGUGCACCUUGCUUGUUUGGAAGGGGCAAGAGAAGAAAGUGUUCAUCUGGUGCGGCGUUUUUACAAGGGAGAAGAAAUUUUUCUGGAUAUGUUUGAAGAUGAAUAUAGAACUAUGACCCUGAAGCCCAUGAAUGUGGAGUACUUGAUGAUGGAUGCUUCCAUUCUGCUGCCACCCACCGGAACUCCUCUCACGGGGAUCGACUUUGUGAAGAGGCUCCCCUGUGGUGACGUGGAAAGAACCAGGAGGGCCAUCCGAGUAUUCUUCAUGCUGCGUUCUCUGUCACUGCACCUUCAGGAUGAGCCAGAGACUCAGUUGCCUCUGACAAGGGAGGAAGACUUAAUUAAGACAGAUGACGUCCUGGAUCUGAACAACAGUGAUUUGAUUGCCUGCACCGUGAUCACCAAGGACAGCGGUCAGGUCCAGAGGUUUCUGGCGGUGGAUAUUUACCAGAUGAGUUUGGUGGAGCCAGAUGUUGGGCGAUUAGGCUGGGGAGUCGUUAAAUUUGCUGGCCUUCUCCAGGACAUGCAGGUGACAGGAGUGGAAGACGACAGCCGGGCCCUGAAUAUCAUCAUACACAAGCCGGCUUCCAGUCCACAUUCGAAACCUUUCCCCAUCCUACAGGCGACCUUCAUUUUUUCGGAUCACAUCCGUUGUGUCAUUGCAAGGCAGCGCCUGGCCAAGGGGAGAAUCCAGGCUCGGCGGAUGAAAAUGCAAAGAAUCGCAGCACUUCUGGACCUGCCAAUCCAGCCAGCCAAUGAAGUGAUGGGCUUUGGACACAGCUCUGCUGCCACCCAACACUUACCAUUCCGGUUUUAUGAGCAAGCCCGACGCAGCAGCUGCGACCCAACUGUGCAGCGCUCAGUGUUUGCCUCGGUUGAUAAAGUCCCAGGUUUUGCAGUAGCCCAGUGUCUCGACCAGCACCACCCGUCCUCCUCCUCGCCGUCCCCGUCCUCCAGCAGGAGCACCGGGUGCUGCGACUCGGCCGUGGCCAGCUCCACGUCCACACCUUCCGUCGCACAGAGCCCCUCAGGCCGGGCAGGAAAGGACGCCGGAGAGUGCUUAGUCUUUCAGAGGCUGAGAGUCACGGUGGACACUGGGUUUAGGCCGUCCAGCAGCAGUGGCCCCCGUCCUGGCCAAGCCCUCUCAGAUGACUCGGUCACGCUUGAGCAGGCUCUGCCCUCCUCGUCGUCCUGUUACCUGUCCGCAGCCGAUCGCUCGUUGCCUCCGGUUUUGAAAUCUGGCAAGAGCCACUCCAGGAGCGAAGCAGAGACGGCCGCCUUGUCGCCCAGCCUGAUUCCUGCCCCGCAGCCGACCAUCUCCUUGAUCUCCAAGGACAGCACGGACAGCCUGAGCAUCGAGUCGCUGACCCUGGUGCCCCCCGUGGCUGCAGACAGCAUCCUUGCUGUGGGCACUGCCCAGUCCCUGGCUGUGGAGUCAGAGGCCUUCACGGAUCCCCAGCAGCAGUCCUAGCCGUUGCUCAGGCGGCCCCCUGCUGAUCUCCCCAGCGCAGCAGGUCACAGGUUCUCUGAAAUAAUAAACAGUAGCCAGCGUUUCUUUAAGGGAGAAGUCCAUGAGAGGCAGCUGUGGGACACUGCGGGGGGGGGGGCAAUUGAAGGGGUUGGGGAUGUUUUGGAAGGACCUGUGGAUUUUUUCCUUGGUGGUUGGUUCUGUUCCAUUUGCUGCCAGCAGAAGCAGCAAAGCCACGUUGCCAGCUCCUCUGGGAUGGACCCUCACCCAACUUCUGCUCGCUGCUUUGGCCAGGAAUGGGCUCUCAAGGAACCGAAGAGGGAUUUCCCCCAUGAACAUGCGUGCGCGCACACAUGCACACACACACACACACUCUAUUUGAGCAAAACUCGUCUGGUCUACCAGCCUUUCGCAAUUUCAUUUUUCUUGGUUUCUUUCCUUCAAUUAGAGGGCAGGAUAGUCUGUGGAACUCCACGGUGAGCUGGCCACUUGUACUCAUAGCACUAACUUUAAUAUUCUGCUUGUGUGUAUUCCCUGUGAAAUAAUUUUAACUUGAAGUUGUACGCACAUGCCUAUUACGGGUGGGGAUUUACAAAUACAGAAUUCAGACUUUUUGCAUACAUCUGAGGGCUGCUUUGGGUGAACACAUGGAGGAAUGUCGUCAAGAGUUUUGUGUAAAGGAUUUCAGAGGAAUGUAAAAUAUUUUAGCUUACUGA